AUGGGUCAAGAAGCAUCUCAACCUCAAAUCAAUCCAAAUGAUCCUCCCCACACGCUUUCAGCCCGUUCAAUCGAAGGAGUUGCGGAUUUCAUCAAGAGUGGCAAAGCAAAGAACAUCGUUGUUUUGACAGGAGCUGGCAUAUCCACUAGUGCGGGCAUACCAGAUUUCCGUUCACCAGAGACCGGUAUAUACGCCAAUCUUGCCGAACUGAAUCUUCCUUAUGCAGAAGCGGUUUUCGAUAUCGACUUCUUCCGCGAAAAUCCAGCUCCUUUCUAUGUUCUGGCAAAAGAACUCUAUCCUGGCAAAUUCUACCCUACAGUAUCACAUGCUUUCGUUGCGUUGAUCGAAAAGAAAGGAUUGCUCAGAAUGCUUUUCACACAAAAUAUUGAUUGUUUGGAACGUCGAGCCGGAGUCUCUUCGGAAAAGGUCAUCGAAGCACAUGGAAGUUUCGCUACUCAGAGGUGCAUUGAUUGCAAGAGUGAAUACCCCGACGAUAUGAUGAAGAAAGCUAUAGAAGAUGCAGACCCAGCAACUUGUCUGGUUCCACAGUGUGGUGGUUUAGUUAAACCAGAUAUUGUGUUCUUUGGCGAACAACUACCGGAAGCCUUUCACACUCACAAAAUGAUUCCCGCUACGGCUGAUCUUGUCAUUGUGAUGGGUACCAGCUUAAGUGUUCACCCAUUCGCAUCAUUGCCAACCCUUGCCCCCGAGACGGUCCCAAGACUGCUGUUUAACAUGAUCUCCGUGGGCGAUUUUGGCAGUAGGUUGGAUGAUGUGGCUAUUCUUGGUGACUGCGAUAGUAGCGUUAGGAAACUAGCAGAUGCCUUGGGAUGGAGAGACGAAUUGGAAGAAUUAUGGGUUUCGGUUGGAGGGAAUACAAAACAGAAAGAAGCUGAAAAGGCUGAGGAAGCCAGGCUUAAUAUGUCAAGAGAUGAACUCUUUGAAGCAGAUAUCAAAGAGCUGACAGGUGAAAUUGAUGAAGCGCUAAAGUUUUCGAGUAACUAUACACAUAGAGUAAACGCCGAUCUCCAGGAAAACUCGGCUGCAAAUUUGGCAUCCCCUACUUUAGCUCCUGAAGAUACGCCGUCGCGACCCCCUCCAGAUUUUGCUGCCGAUAAGGGUUCGCUUCUGAAAGAUAUCACGAAUGGAAUACCACUGAAACAAGCAACGACUGUUGUUCGAUCCACUCCAAUCAUAGACGAAAACCACACCGCAGCUAAAUCCACGUCCGUGGAUCUAAAUUCCACCACUGGUGAGCGUGCUAAAGACUCAAGUGUUGUGCUCGACAUUACUAUGCCCCAAAAUAUGCCGAACUCAUCCAAUACCACCACAACUCCUUGA